CAUUUUUCAAAAAUAUCUGGCAUCUCUGAUCACCACGUUUGGUUGUUGGUUUUUAGUUAUAUUUGUGAUAUGAAUAUGUCGUUUAUUAAACUAUUCAGAGAUUCUUUGAUAAUUGCAUUCAACAAAAAAAUAUUUAUCACAUCGUCCGCAACACAAUGGUCGAACGAACUUGAUUCGACUGUACCACUGGACAAAGGUCGACCCAGAAAGUACUUUAAUGCGGACACUGACAGCGAUGAUGAAGAGGAUGGACAGCGGCCUGAGAGCAAAGACAGCUACAGAAAUAAAGCUAAGGAUCAUAUUGUUGCGAUGGAUGUGAACGAAUCGCACUCCUUACUGGCCAUAGCCACCGGUGACAAAACUUUGUAUUUGUUCGAAAUUCUAGAAGAGACUGCAAACACAGAUCGCUUGCGGUUGCUUUCUAGAAGAUUAGUUGCUCGAUCUUCUAGCUGUAUGAAGUUUGCUCCCAAUGGCAAGUUUUUGAUCAUCUGUGAUAAGGGCGGAGAUUGUUACGUUUAUGACUGUGUAGACUAUGGCAAACCAGGUCGCUGGGUUCUAGGUCAUAUGAGCCAAAUACUGGAUGUGCUGAUCGAUGAUGAAGAGAAUAGGAUAAUCACUAGCGAUAGAGAUGAAAAGAUACGAGUGACUAAGUAUCCAGUAAGUCACGAAAUUGAAUCAUUUUGCCUCGGGCAUACCGAAUUUGUGUCUCAAUUGGUGUUUCUUAAAACUCCCAGUGGCCAACAUUUGUUGUCUUUAUCUGGAGAUAAAACAUUUCGUGUAUGGACUUAUGAGAGAGGAGUAGAAAUUUUCCAACAAAAAAUAGAUCACUUGGGAACAAAACUGACGACUACGCAAUUGCAGGAUGGCAGCACACUGUUAGCAAUACUUUGCUAUGAACCCACUAAAAUUAUCAUCUACCGUUUGUAUAGCACGGAACCCGUUCAGGUUGAGCGCAUUCAAGAUCUGCAUGUUAAAUCAAACGAAAUAUUUUCCUCUGUUGUUUUUGAUAGGCAACACAACUUAGUCGCUUUGAUCAUAGACAGAAAUACCGAAGAAGUUUCACAAAUAACUUUUAGAUUCAAUCAAAGUAAUACCAAUUUCGUCCAAGAUAGUUUACCCAAAUUAUUUAAAGAUGAACGCUUGCCGUACGUUGAUACUGUUACUUUUAUGUUCAAGAAAAAAUUCGACAACAUUAAAGACUACCAAGAUCGCAAACGAAAGAGAAUAGAGGAAAAGGGAAAUAAAUAGUUUUUCUGUUUCCAUUA